AUGUCUCCAUUACUGAAAGAAUAUUUGAAUAAGAAGGUUAUCCUGGUGACGACCAGCGGGGAGUGUUUUAUAGCGACGUUAGAAGGGUUUGAUAAAAGCACGAACUUGGUAGUAUCUAACUUGACACAUCGAUUCAAUAACGACAGUGGUCUAGAGUCUAAUGUCCUGAGCCAUGUACAAUUGAUGCGAGGAAGUGAGAUAGUGGCCUGUGGGCUGUAUGAACCAACAGAUGAGGAAACAAAACAGGAGAGCCGAUACAUUGUUAAGGCUCCAACGAUACACAAUACGAAGAAUAUAGUUAAAGAUGAACAUUUAAUAUGGAUGAAAGUAACAGAGGAUAAGGCACAUUCUAUGACAAAGAGACGAAAACUGGUCAAAUAG